GGCAAGCAGUGCAACAUUGGCUGAGAGAGGAGCAGGCCACACGGGCAGUACUCCUCUUCACCGUGUUGAUAAGAACCUCUGAGGCGGGGAAUCGAGUUCACGUGAAAGUCGAUUCUGCUUCACCUUUGCGCGAUUAGCUCACCUUUCCAUCAAGGGGUAGGUAGUCAGUCGCGCAGGAGAAGCUCGCGGAGGAGGUUCUGCUUUGGAGGAAAAUUGUAACCAUAAGCACGUUUUCCCUAGAGUCAGGUCAUAUUUUUUUGGCAGUGGCUCUCAGCGGACGUCCUUAUACACAGUUUUCCUUCCCACGCGCCAAGAUUUCCUUUUUGAAGUGAACGUCUUAUAUAUUCCUACAAGACGACAAUUCGGUUUGCUUUUUUUACUUUCUACUUCGGUUCUUCAACUUCACAACGGCAACACAAUGGCUCUUGAAUUCAUCGCCGGCUGUCUUGGAGGGUGUGCUGGAGUGGCUGUGGGGCAUCCUUUCGACACAGUAAAGGUCCGCCUUCAGACCCAAGACUUCAAAAACCCCAAAUACCGAGGCACAUGGCACUGCAUCACGGACACCAUCAAACAAGAGUCGCUUCGCGGACUGUACAAGGGCAUGUCCUCCCCUAUGGCAGGAGUGGCCUUCGUCAACGCCAUAGUCUUCGGCGUCCACGGCAACAUGGUCAAACACAUCCAGAAUCCAGACUCCCUCAGGUCACAAAUGUUCUGCGGCGCAGUGGCGGGUUUCUCACAGUCCAUCGUCACCUCGCCCAUGGAGCUCGUCAAAACCAGAGUCCAACUACAGACGGAAGCGUGCGUCACCACCAAGUCCCUCUCCUGCGCCGCUACCUCCUCCUCCACCGUCACAAACUGCAGCAGCUACACGAGCCCCGUGGACUGCAUCAGGAAGAUCGUCACCACAGAGGGAUGGCGGGGGUUGUUUAGAGGACAGCUCAUCACCGUAUUCAGAGAUGUGCCCGGGUUCUCAUCGUACUUCCUGAGCUACGAGUACAUGAGUCGCUCCUGGGCCUCGGCUGACGGCUCCGUGUCCCCUGCAGUCGUGCUGGCUGCUGGAGGGUUUGCCGGAGCCUUCUCGUGGCUCAUCACUUAUCCCAUCGACAUGGUCAAGUCCAGGUUACAGGCUGACGGCGUUGGCGGCGUCAGCAAGUACCGCGGCAUCGCCCACUGCCUCAAGACCAGCGUGGCCACAGAGGGCGCUGGGGUACUGUUCCGGGGGCUCAAUUCGUCCCUGAUCCGCGCCUUCCCCACCAACGCCGCAACUUUCGCCGUGGUCACUUGGACCAUCAAGACAUUCCAGGAGCAGCCCGAGCAGGACGAUACGCACCAAUCGUGGCGAGACAUCCUGGCCAACGGCGAUGCUCUGGUACAGGCGGCAGCCAUCCCUACGCCCCUACAGCUCAGCUUCACGCCAGAGAGCAGUUGGAGAUCGGCCGUCUCCUUCCUCCCGCAGGUCAUGGCUGCCUCAGCGGCGACAGAGGAAGAGCAGGAGGAGGAGCACCAGGAGACCAGGUGCCGGUGUUGGCAGCGGCAAGGCACCGCGGUGCUCGGCAGGCUGCCCAACCUGUUCGGUACGGUGUGCAAGGGCCCCGAGGCCUUCACCUGCUGGAGGGCGCGGCAAGAGGACGUGUUCGCGGCGGCGCGGCUGCACCACAACCUCAGCAUUGUGCUAUAAUACUCAGAGUCUCACGCCGAGGAAGGAUGUGCUGCCGCCACUUAGCAGCGAGAGAGUGUGAUCGCACAGCGCAGGAUCGGGGCUCGCGGGCCCCCAGCGCGGCCAGUGCCUCGGUGACCCAGCACAGCGGGGCUCGCUGGCCACCUGAGCUACUCUAGUCAUGCCUCAAAGCACAUACUGCCGACCCUCACUUGCAUUCAUGGCACACAAUCUCUACACCAGAAUCAUCAACCCUGACACUUAAACACACAUUCUUUCAUUUCAAGAACACAACAUGUAAAUACGAUCCUUCUACAACACAAAGGGUAGGCGGUGUGCUGUGAGGCGCGGCAAGGCCCUGGCUGCGGCUGCUGGAUGGCGCUGUGCUCAGCCCUCCUACGUGCCGCGUACUGGUGUGGGAAUACACGCGGGGCUGGGGCGGCCACAAAGCAGGCACAUCCCGAUAUUGGCUGCUGUUGUGGUAAUAGCAAAGGGCUUCGCGACCCACGAACGGCACCUGCAUACACGUGUUUUGUACCCGAGGGGCCACGGGCGGUGCAGGCAUCGCCGCAGCCUACCAGACAACCUACGUAUGUGCCUUGCAAUAAACCUGAACCUGCACGAUCAUCUCACAAGAAGCAAACGUUUCACACUAAGUGGCAGCAACACGACCUUCUGUAGGCUGACAACUAAGCCUACCUAUAACCAAUGUCAAAACGCCUGUCACGCGCAGGGCACGCAUCCACUGCCAGCUCCCUAGGAGGGGCGGGGGGCGCUUCAUCUGAUUUUUCUCUUAUAGAGGAUUAUUAUCAUUGUCAUUGUCGUCAUUUCUCUAAAUAGGCUGAGGUAGAGUGUGUAGUCAGGAGGAGCAGGAAGAGGAGGAAGAGGAGGAGGAGGAGGGAGCCAAGAGGGAGCGAGGAGGGAGCCAGGAGGAAUCCAGAAGGGAAAGGGGAGGGAGCGAGGAGGGGUGAGAGGUGACAGAUUCCAGCCAAGAAGGAUCUGUCACGACUCCCGCCCCGUCAGGAAGUUCUGCCUGACACCCUGCUUGUCCCAACACUUCUGUCUGCUCCUGACGCAGCCCUGAGCCAGGCAGCUGACGAAGGUGUGUGUGUGUGUGUGUGAGAGAGAGAGAGAGAGAGAGAGAGAGAGAGAGAGAGAGAGAGAGAGAGAGAGAGAGAGAGAGAGAGAGAGAGAGAGAGAGAGAGAGAGAGAGAGAGAGAGAGAGAGAGAGAGAGAGAGAGAGAGAGAGAGAGAGAGAGAGAGAGAGAGAGAGAGAGUGUGUGUGUUUGUGUGUCCUGUCAUUCCUUGUCCUUAUGUCCGCGAAUCUUUCAUUCCGAUCCGUCCAUUAUUUAUUGAGCCAUUCAUUCUGACGCAAAAUUAAGAUUAGAAAAUAAAAAAAAGCUAACAAAUGGAAAUAUGGAAAAAAAAAGUCCGAGAUGCAGUACAAAAUUUUGUAAGAAAAGGAAAUUAAGCUUCUAUUAACAAUGAUUGUUAAAACAUGAAUAAACUUUUUAUCUCCAGUUUA